GUCCAAUACUAGGUGGUGGUGUAGUUAAGGGCGGGGGGAGGGCAUGGAUGGAUGGGGAAAGGCUUAGGGGUGAUUUCUGAGGGUUCUUUCUGUGUAGCACAACUUUUUGCAAACUAGAACUAAUGAACAGAGCGUGCAAGUCCUUUUCCAGGGCCCCAGCUGUACCCCUUUCUUGUGCCCGCUCCCUCCCCAGUACCUCUUACUCGCCAGAGCAAGGGCAGUGCUGUUAGAGGAAGUGGCUACUCUUGGCCUGAAUGUGAGCAGCCCAUCCUGACUGCCUUCCACAGGAAACCUGAUCUGAGGGACAGAACAGGAAGGAAGCAGAUGGGUGUGGAGCCAGGAAGCAGGGAAAGGUGGCACGGGAAUCUGAAAGGGGUGCUAAGGGAGGCUCAGGCCUGGGAAGCAAUGUAACUGUUAUAAUCCAAACCCUGUUCCCAGCCCCAAAGCCAGGUGUUAUAGCAGCCGGGGAUUUGGUGAUGGCCCUCCUGUGCCCAGCUGCUGGCAGAAUCCAUUCCAGCUUUCAAAGGGAACUGCUAUAACCUUCCCUUAGCCUUCUAAUAUGACCUUGGGCAAGUUAAUUAACCUGUUUGUUUCACCUGUAAAAUGGGAUCAUGAAAACUGCUUCAUAGGAUUGUUAUGAAGAUGGAUUGUAUUAUGUUAAAUGCUAAAAUAAUCCCUGGCACAGACUAAACAUAGGAAAGUUUCCUCCAGUUAUUUUUCUUCCUAGGGUGCUGUGUAUGUCUGCCCAGAGCUCCGGCCUAUGUCUGCUGGUUUCAUCUCUGUCUUACCAGACCAUGUAUGAACUGCUGAGGGCAGGGUCUCCCUUUUCUACUUCAGCAGUCACCCCCACCUCUCGCCCCCAACAUAGUGUGGCUAAACCAGGGCCCAGAGGAGGGUACUGGGAUGUGCUUACAGUUAUCAAAUGAAACUGCUGCUAGAAGAUUGAAGCACAAGAUUUUCCUCUGUCUUUGCAUUUGUAGACUAGCUGAGACACUGAGAGUAACAUAGGGAGCAAAGAAAAACAGGUCCUGCAUCUUGGGCACCUGCUGUACUUACUUCUGGAGAUCAGGGAAAGGCUUGCUGAUAUGCACUGGAGAGACAGAAAAGGGCUUUCUCAUGAAAUGAUCCUUUAACCGGCCCAGACCUCCAGCUAGAAGUGAGGUGGAGUGGGGUGUGUGGGGAGGAAGCAGGCUCAGUCCGGUGCUGAGUGCGUGAUGACAAAUGGUAGAGUUAGGGCUGGGGAGAUGGGGAAGAGGCCUAAGGAGAAAGACAACAUAACAUACCCUCUCCUUCCACAGCAGGCUUCCCCUUUCCUCCAUCUCAAUCUUGGGAGACCCCAGAGUUUGAGCAUCAGAAACCCUGGAUCCAGAAGGCCUGGCCUCAGAAUCUGGCUCUGCCACUUACUAGCAGUGUGGACUUGGGCGUACCAUUUACGCUCCCAGAGCCUCAGUUUGGUCAUCUGCUAAAUGGGGACAAGAAUACCACCUACUUUGCAUGUUUUUUGGGAGGACUGAAUGCCUGUAAAGCAUUCAGCACUGCCUGGGCCCCAGUAAGUGGGGCAUGCUCUUACUGUUUUCUAGGCAGACUUUGCCACCAAUGUCAGUGCUGGAGUCCGGCUGGCCCCACGGAGGGGAGAACCUCAGCCCCUGGGAGCCAGACACAUCGGCUGACUCAGACAAUGACCCCGGCCACCUGCCAGAGGACGACUCUGACCUGCUCUGUGUGCAGGCGGUAGGAGUCCCGCCCUUCCCUCUGAGACCAACAUGUGGCCCAUCCUUUGGCCCUCUGCCCACUUCCAGCACCUGGGAGGAUCCAGAAGUUAUGAGCUUGGGCCACCCUGGCCUGGACACUGACAGAAUCCCCAACUGGCCUGGGCUUCGGGCCCUCCUGCAGCAGCUCCCUCCACAGGAUAGUGAUGAGCGCUAUUGUCUGGCCCUUGGGGAGGAGGAACUGGCAGAGCUGCGGCUCUUCUGUGCCCAAAGGAGGCGGGAUGCCCUGGGAGAAGGGGUGGCCCGCCUGGUAGCUCCCAAGCUGGAAGAACACACCUGUGAGAAGUGUAGGGAACGGCUGAGGCCAGGGGAGUACGGAGUGUUCACAGCACGGGCAGGAGAGCGGUACUGCUGGCACCAGGCUUGCUUUGCCUGCCAGGCAUGUGGCCAGGCCCUGAUAAAGCUGAUCUACUUCUACCGCGACGGGCGUCUCUACUGUGGCCGUCAUCACGCAGAGCUGCUGCGACCUCGCUGCCCAGCUUGUGACCAGCUGAUCUUCUCCUCGCGAUGCACCGAGGCGGAGGGACGGCGCUGGCACGAGAACCACUUCUGCUGCCAGGACUGCGCCGGGCCCUUGGGCGGGGGACGUUAUGCCCUGCCGGGGGGCGGCCCCUGCUGCCCCAGCUGUUUUGAGAGUCGCUAUUCGGAUGCCGGCUCGAGCCCGGCCCCGACACUGGAAAGAAGGGCGUCCCUUGCCCUUCUCACCGCUGCCGCCAGCGCCAGCCCGGAAGCCCGAAGGGGUCCGCUUGGAUCAAGCGCGGAGCAGGAGUCUCCAGAUGGGGACAAGGCGGCGGCACCCAAAGGACGGGAGCAGGCCUGCCGGGAGGUGUCCCUCGAGCCCAAGGAGGUCGCCCCCUGUCCCACCUGCUCCUCUUCCUCUGACUCGGAACCCGAAGGCUUUUUCUUGGGUCAGCGCCUCCCCCAGCCCGGGAAGACGCCCGGAGCCCUCCGCGCUGGGGACAGCGACACCCCCAGGAAACUCUGCACUGUUUGCUAGUGGCGCAGCCCGGAG